GUUGUGUGCCAUCAAGUUGAUUCCAACUAAUAGCGACCCUAUAGAACAGAAUAAAACUGCCCCACAGGGUUUCCGAGGCUGAAAUCUUUACUGGAGCAGAUCUCCAGAUGUUUUCUCCUGAGGAGUGGCUGGUGGGUUCAGACACCAAUCUUUUGGUUAGCAGCUGAGCACUUAACAGUUGCAGUACCAGGGCUCCUUGAGUUAACUGUGCUAGGAUAUAAUUAAUCAAGGUUAUUCAUUUCCUGCUAAUGGUGUCUUCUUGGUUUCACGGUGUAUUCAGUAAGAACUCUCAAAGAUGAGGUACCAAGAUGAAGAGUUAAAACCUUUAAAAGUCAUGGAGUAGCAAACCUAUCAGAAAAAGCAAAACAAUUUUAAUUCCUUGCCAGAAGAAGAAAAAUAUAAAGAAUAGUUAUAAAUAAAAAAGGUAUUCACAUGUUGACAGUGAGCUGUUUUCCCUCCUUUUUGUGAGUUGGUUUCCUUCUUCACUGAAGGUAGACUACAUCAGAGCUGCUGCAUACAGCAGGGCAAGCUGUGCACUGCUCACUUGCAGUAGCACCAUUCACUAGACCACAGUGUGAAUGGCGCAGUAUGGUGGCCCUGUGACAAUACAGCGGGAAGUGUUUGGGUUAGACUUAGGUAAAUUGUCAUAAUUAAAAAAAAUUUGUUCUGAAACGCGUUACUACAAAUGUUGGAGAAAAUCCAGGAUGUUUUUAAAAUGAGAGAUUAAUGCAGAAAACUCUGAGCCCUUCUGAGAAUUGGAAGAACAUGGAGGAGGAGCUCCAUAGGCCCUUCUAGCUAUUUUUUUCUAUUCUACGCCUUACUUUAUUUAAAAACAGGAGAGCUACUCUUCAAAGUCACACAAACUUAACUGUAAUGUGACCAGGGUCUACUUCCUGACAGGUUUUUAUUUAAUUUUUCUAUUUGUGGACCUGUAAACACAAUGAACCCACACUAUUUCCUUACCCAGUAUUUUGUUAGAUAUGUUUAAUGAGUACUUUUGAGUUAUAACACCUCAAAAAGAAAUCACCAUGAAAAGCCAGUGGGAUGAAGAUUAAAUUCUGCGAUCCCCACAAGCUACACUUUCAGAAAAGGCCCCCUUAUCUUUUUUUGUUAGAAAGAUAGUCUAACCUCCUGAAAUAUAAAGGAUUUUUAGCUGUUUUAUUAGGAUGGAAAACAGAAAAGGAAGCAAAUGGUAUUCCCUUUGGAAAUAUACACUAAACAUUUUAGUCUUCUGCAAAGAGAAUAACUGGUUACCAAGAGAUUGAAGAGUUAGAGUUGUUAGAACAGAAUAAGAAUUGCUGCAAACUGGCAUAAGUUUAAGUAACUCCAGAAUAAAGAAGCCAAAGACAAAUAAAAGAUCUCUCUAAAGCUCAAUUAAAAUACUAAAUUCUUAUUUAAUCUGAAUUUUGCUAUUGGGUCCAAGAUAGAGCCUUCUGAAAUUUUUUCCUUAGGGAUAAUUUUCACUUCACUGUCCAAUAAAGGGAAACCCUGGUGGUGUAGUGGUUAAAUGCUACAGCUGCUAACCAAAAGAUAGCAGUUUGAAUCCACCAGGCGCUCCUUGGAAACUAUGGGGCAGUUCUACUCUGUCCUAUAGGAUCGCUACCCAACGCAGUAGACAUACGACUAUUGAGCACUUGAAAUGUUGAUAGUACAAACUGAGAUGGGCAGUAAGUAUGUAAAAUACACACUGAAUUCAAAGCUUUAGUAUGGAAAAAAUAUAUUUUAAAAACUCAUUGAUAAUCUUUUUAUAUUGACUACAUGUUGUUUUAGUGAGUUGAGUACAUGUUGAGAUGAUAUUUUUUAAAUAUUGGGUUAAAUAAAAUAUGUUAUUAAAAUUAAUUCCACCUGUUUCUUUUUACUUUUUCUAAAUAUGUCUAUUAGAAAAUUUUGUUAAGUCCAUGACUUACUUUUUUGGCUCCCAUUGUAUUUCUAAUGGACAGCACUAUUUUAGAACGUCACCUCUUCCCUUUUGCACAAAACUAGUUAAGGUUGAGUCUGAAUUGUUCAUCUAGCUCCUGUGUAGCUGGGGUUUCUUCAUUGUCCCUAGGCAAGUGCAUUCCAAAGCAUUGGUUCUCAAACAGUUUGUGACUUUUAUGAUUGAUACAAUGCUUAAGAAGUAUCAGUCACAGUGCAGAUUUCCAGGCACCCCACGAAAGUUUCUGCUUCAGGAGUCCAUAUCUAUAACAAGCGCUCUGGAUAAUUCUUCUGAAGUUAGCCUUUGAUCCCACUUUGAGAAACACUGCUCUGAAGAAACAGCAUUGAAAUGAUAAUGAGUUUCUUCUUCCAUGCACUUGUCAGUGAAUCUACAAACUAGUUGUCAAAACAGUUUGAGAAGGUAGGCUGAACAAAACUAUCCAGCUUGCUUGUCUUUUCCUCUCCUCCUUUAUUCCUAUCUGCCCUCUUUGCCCUUCCACAAUGCUUACAGCCCUGUUUUCCCAUCCACUCACUCACUCACCCGAUGAACCACUAUUGAGGUCCCUGGGUGGCGCAAACAGUUUGCGAUCAACUACUAACCUAAAGGCUGGGGGUUCGAACCCACCCAGUGGUGCCUCAGAAGAAAGGCCUGAUGAUCUGCUUCUGUGAAGAUUUUAGCCAAGCAAAUCCCAUGGAGUAACUCUACUCUGUAAAACAUGCGGUUGCCAUGAGUCGAAUGGAUUCAACAGCAACAGGUGGAAAAUGGUUGGUUUCUGAUAACUUCCUGAAUAUCACCAGCGUAGCCUUUGAUGACCGUGGGCUCUAUACGUGUUUCGUCACCUCUCCAACUCAUGCCUCCUAUUCUGUCACCCUACGUGUUAUCUUCACCUCGGGAGACAUGAGUGUCUACUACAUGAUUGUUUGCUUGAUUGCCUUUACAAUCACGCUCAUCUUGAAUGUCACAAGGCUGUGCAUGAUGAGUAGCCAUCUUCGCAAGACUGAGAAAGCCAUCAAUGAAUUCUUCAGAACUGAAGGAGCUGAGAAACUUCAGAAAGCCUUUGAGAUUGCAAAACGCAUUCCCAUCAUCACCUCAGCCAAGACCCUGGAGCUUGCCAAAGUCACACAAUUUAAGACCAUGGAAUUUGCUCGUUACAUCGAAGAACUGGCAAGAAGUGUUCCUCUGCCACCUCUUAUUCUAAACUGCCGGGCCUUUGUUGAGGAGAUGUUUGAAGCUGUGCGAGUGGAUGACCCUGAUGACAUGGGAGAAAGAAUUAAAGAGAGACCUGCCUUGGAUGCUCAAGGUGGCAUCUAUGUCAUUAACCCAGAGAUGGGGCGGAGUAAUUCACCAGGAGGAGAUUCAGAUGAUGGUUCUCUGAAUGAGCAAGGCCAGGAGAUAGCGGUUCAGGUCUCUGUCCAUCUUCAGUCAGAGACUAAAAGUAUUGAUACUGAUUCUCAAGACAGCAGCCAUUUCAGCCCAUCUGACAAUGUGGGAUCUGCUGAAUCUAACUCUAACUACAAAGAUGGAGCAUAUGAAAACUGCCAGCUGUGAACCAUGCCAGUACCUACAAAAAAGACAACUCUCAGAAAAGGAACUUGUUUUUAGGGAAUAACAAUUUUACCAAAUAAUGACUAGGGUUUUCUCCCUUGUUGACAGAACAUCAGAACAUGAAUUGCCAAAAUCAUUGUAAAAAUGCAGCGUUUUUCCUAUCUGAUAUCUAUCUCAGUCAUUUCCCCCAAGGCUGAGUAAAUGAUCCCCCACCCCUUUGCUGUCAAGUCAAUUCCGACUCAUAGUGACCGUAUAGGACUGGGGAGAACUGCCCCGUGGAGUUCCCAAGGAGAGCCUGGUGGAUUCAAACUGCCAACCUUUUGGUUAGCAGCCGUAGCUCUUAACCACUAUGCCACCAGGGUUUCCAGAGUAAAUGAUAAAAUAGGCAUUAAGAUUUAACGGAGCCUGAGAGAGAAACAAGAUGCGAAAAGUACCAAAUUAGGAGUCCCAUGGCUUCUCUUCUAGUCAUGAUUCUUUCAUUGGUUAGGUCUGACAGCUCUCUUGAGGCCUCAUUUUCCCAUCAGUAAAAUGGAGGAUUUGCAUUAGAUGAUAUCUAAAUUGUUUCUGACACUCUAACUUCUUCAGCACAUCUCAAGUAAACCCUGCCUGAGACUUUAAGUCCCCUUUUAUAGAAGGGACCAAGCUGAGACUUUUCUGUGAUUUAGAUAUCCGUACCAGUACCAUAAUGGGUAAAUGUAUGUGCGUUUUUCAGCUGUUUUGUCUUAUGGAGCAUUCAGUUGUAUGUGCACACAUCAGAGAGCUAACUGCUCAUUAGUAAACUACUUACCAUGAGUAAAUUGGUCCUAUUUGAGGGUAUAUCAUGUCUUUUUAACUUAAUGAGGCAUCAUUUAUCUAGUUCAUUGAAGUUCAUUCACUGAUUUCCCAACUGGCCUCCCGAAGUUAGUAGUUUGUUCCUAAGAAAUAAUGUCUUCAAUAACUUUAGAAUAAGAAAUGGUGUCAAAUAAGAAACCAGUCUGUCUCUGGUAAAUCAUGGAUUUUGGCAUUUCUGCUAAUACAAUUUCUCAGGCUUUUCCUUUUUAAAAGUACUGGGCUCUACUAGUGGGCUGUGUGUUUGGGAUCCCAUCCCAGGGAAAAACCCAGACCUAGAUUCCUCUUUAGACCCCUGCCUACACUCUUGCCCUUUGUGGUCUUAAAUAUGGUGCUCAAGGUUGCAUGCCUCCAUAUCUUGUUUGGUUUAUGGUUGUUGAGCUUGUUGUUAUUUUUAUGUACAUCAGAUUCAGGAUUCUGAGGUAGGGAUGCUUCUGUGGCCUUUCUGAGAAGUCACUACCUGAAAUAAGAUUAGAUAAUAGUAUGUGACAUGUUAACCCAUUGGCGUCAAGUCGAUUCCAGCUCAUAGCGACCCUAUAAAAGCAUAGCGUUUGCCCCAUAGGGUUUCCAAGGCUGUAGAUAUUUACAGAAGCAAACAUCUGUGUCUUUCUCCCACAAAGCUGCUGGUGGGUUUGAACCGCUGACCUUCCAGUUAGCAACCAAGUACUUUAACCACUGUGCCACCAUAUAUAUAAUCUAAACAUAAAGAGGAAGGAAAAUUAUGGAUGAUGCCACCUGGUUCAACUGUGUAUAAUAAACACUUAAGAUAGCAUUUCUUGCCUGGCUGAGAUCUGGUGUAAUGGAGUUGUAAGUAACUCUUCAGAAUAAUUUCUUCAACUACAGGAAGCUUGGUGCCAUAUAAUUUUAAGAACUUGGCAACGGAGCAACAUUUGGUGCUUCAAGUUUCUUCAUUUGGCUUCUAAGCAUUGAAGCAUUACUUGAACUAGAGGUUCCUAAGGGAAAUAUUCAGAGGAGAUUUUAUCAGGAUUUUAAUUUAAGGUUUUAAAUGGAGGAAGGCAGGAAAUUCAAAGUGUCAUCUGGGAGAACUCAUCCCUGCCUUUAUCCAGGCCUAUAAAAAAAAAAAAAUUUUUUUUUUUUUUU